AUGUGGCUGAUUUCGAAACUGCACUCAAAAUUUUCAUUCGGAUUACUCGAGUCAUCAACAUCAUUGCGAAUCUUGAACUACCACCCCAGGUCCCUCAUUUUCCGUGGCUACCCAUCCUAUUUCACUAGAAGGAGCAUACAUCUCUACUUCUAUCAUUUUUCUCCCGCGUCUGCGACGCGCGCGUUGAUAAGUAUCGCUCCUCAACAAGAAUAUGCAUUUUUAACUUUAAGUAGUAGCACUCACUAUAAUAUUUUUACUGCGCACACAUACCAAAGUACUUCUCUCGACACAUAUAUCAUUUUCCAGCUUGGUCCGUCCUAGCAAUCGAGAUUGGUUUUCAUCAUCUCUUGCUAAGUGCGGAAAGCUACUUACAGAUUUCCACGUGUCACGGGGAGUAGUGAAAAAUAUCCACUUACUUAUUUUCUGAUGUUG